CAAACGCAGAUUUAAACAAGUUGCUUAUACAUGUUUAUUUAUACGUAACUGAUAGAGAGAGAGAGAGAGAGAGACGCUAGUGUCAGCACCUUGGACAGCUCCGUGUGCGCUUUUGUCCAAGCCAAGUAACUUUCCUCCAAUAGAAACGCACGUUUUUAUCCCCACUCCCCUUUAACUCCUGUCCCAGACUCACACAGGCUUGUUGCUCUCAAGAGCUGUAUUGUUAGUUUAGAAACUUAGAACAAAUGGAGGAGAUCAUUGAUACAAAACAAAAGGUGUUUCUCAUAUACUCAACAAGGUUUUGCGAGGUCUGGGAUAUGCAUGAAUUAAAACCACGUAGGAGUUUUUAGCUACUAGUGAAAAUACUAAAUUAAAAAUGGAGAGUAAACAGCAGUGUCGGAGAUCUUUGGACUGGGCUGCAGUUUGGAUUUUUCUUAAUUCUUUGUGUUUUGCAACGCACGCUUUGGAACUUUUAUAUUCUACAACGGAGGAAUCUAAACCUGGAACUAUUGUUGGACACUUGACUAAAGAUCUAGGAAUUAAUGUUGAAGUGAUACUUUUAAGAGAGAUGCGAAUCAUCUCGGAAUCUAAUGCUAGGUACUUUGACGUAGACCUGACAUCUGGAGCUUUGGUGGUCAAGCAAACAAUGGACAGAGAGAUUAUGUGCGGAGGAAGUUUACAAUGUCACACUCGGAUUCAGAUUUCUCUUCUAAAUCCGUUGGAAAUGCACAGCGUUACGAUAGAAAUUGUGGAUGUCAACGACAACGCGCCACACUUCCGAAGCCGAAACACUUCUUUGGAAGUUUCAGAAGCGGCUGCGCCAAGCACGAUGUUCCGCUUAGAAAGUGCGCAUGACCCUGACGUGGGUGCGAAUUCAUUGCGCGCCUACUUUCUUAGUCAAAACGAUUGUUUUAUGCUUAAAGUAGAAACUAAAAGUGACGGAAGCAAAAUCCCAAUUUUAGUCUUAAACAAGUAUCUUGAUAGAGAAAAGACGAGCGAAUUUAAAUUGAUUUUAACUGCAGUUGAUGGUGGCAGUCCAGAAAAGUCCAGCAACAGUGCCAUUUUUAUAAAUAUUCUAGAUGUCAAUGACAACGCGCCACACUUCCAUAAUCCUACAAAAAGAGUCACGCUUUUAGAAAAUUCACCUCAUGGAACGUUAGUUACAACUCUUAAUGCCUCAGAUGCAGAUCAUGGUCACAAUGGUGAAAUAUCUUAUAUGUUUGAUAAAUACACCUCUGACAAUGUGAUCAAACUUUUUAGCGUGGAUUCUACAACUGGUGAAAUUAGAGUUACAGGACUAGUUGAUCACGAACUAGCGAAUGUGUAUGACGUCACUGUUCUUGCUAGAGACAAAGGAAUGCCUCCCAUGGAGAGCUCAUGCAACAUCAAAAUCGAGAUUAUUGAUGUGAAUGACAACACUCCUACUAUCACCAUUAAUGUGGUUUCUCCUGUAAUCUCUGAAAAUGUGAGUUCAGGCACUGCCAUUGCCCUAAUCAAAGUAGAAGAUGAAGACACAGGGAAAAAUGGUGAUGUGAGCGUGCACAUCCCUUAUGGGUUGCCUUUCAAGAUGAGUUCGCCAUAUAAAGGGCUUUUCACUUUAAUGACCGAUGGCCUGCUGGACAGAGAGGCUGUGGCUGAAUACACUAUUACUUUGACCGCCACAGACUCUGGUUCCCCACCCCGUUCCUUGCAGGAAUCUUUUGUGUUACGUCUUUCAGAUGUUAAUGAUAACCCCCCAGUCUUUUCACAGCCUUCCUAUUCUGUGGACAUAGCAGAAAACAAUGCACCAAAUGCUCCCCUUCUGUCUGUGUCUGCAUCAGACCCAGAUGUGGGUGAGAAUUCCACCAUUUAUUUCUCAAUUUUGGAGAGCGAAGCUCUCGGUAGAUCUGUGUCUUCAUAUGUAUAUAUUAACCCAGAUAGUGGACAGAUAUAUGCCAUGAGAAAGUUUGACUAUGAGCAGUUGAAUGCAUUUCAAUUCAUAGUGCAGGUUUUUGAUAGAGGAGCCCCAGCUCAAAGCUCCAAUGCUACGGUGCAUGUGUUUAUUAUAGAUCAGAAUGAUCAUCCUCCUGUCCUUAUAUACCCUGCACCCCCAUCUGAUGGGACGCUGCAGUUUUUGCUACCUAGAACAGCCAGCAUUGGACACUUGGUCAAUCGUAUUGCAUUCGUGGAUGCUGAUAGUGGCCACAAUGCCUGGUUAUUCUACAGCUUCUCAGGGGUUGAUUCUGAAAUGUUUCACAUAGGCGCACAUACUGGAGAGCUACGUACAGCCCGUAAGCUUACAGAAGAGAACAGCAAAUCUGUUUUUAGCUUCAUUGUGAUUGUAAAAGAUAACGGCAGGCCUUCUCUCUCUGCUAGUGUGGUAGUUAACAUCACCCUGGCUGAGAAAGCUUCAGAUGUCUUGUCAGAACGUAGAAGCUUUACCUCUAAAAGCCCAAAAGGGUCUGACCUCACCUUGUACCUUAUAAUCACAUUAUCCUUUGUUAUUACGGUCUCAUUCCUGGUUAUCAUUGUUGUAGCAGUGCGCUGGCUCGGACACCGUGGUUACGUCAUGUGCCUUAUGCAAAAACUUGGUUUCAAGCACACAUCUCGUGCGCACCAACACAAUGACCUCCAUCUGCAGCUAAAUACUGACGGUCCUAUUAGAUACAUGGAGGUCGUGGGGGCCUCCCGGGACUUUCACAAACACACAUACACGCAUGGUUUCUCCACGAUGUCCAGCAGGAGCGACUUUGUGUUUGUUAAGGCCCCACAGAGCACUCUAAGCAUGCGACUGUCAAAAAGACUCUUCGCUCACUCAUUGAAGGUGAGAUUUUCAGGAAAUAUUAUAGACUACCAAUUAAAAGUUUGGGGUCGGUAAGAUUUCUUCAAUGUUUGUGGAGAAAGAAGUUUCCUAUACCUACCAAGGUUGCAUUUAUUUAUUUAUUUUCUGUAUCUAAAACACAUAAAAUGGAAAUACUAUGAAAUAUUCUUACCGUUUAAAAUAACUAUUUUGUUCUUCAAAUGUUUUACAAUGUAAUUUAUUCAUGUGAUGGCAAAGCUGACUCUUCAGCAGCCAUUGCUCCAGUCUUCAGUGUCACAUGAUCCUUCAGAAAUCAUUCUAAUUUGCUGAUUUGGUGGAGAAGAUACAAUUCUUAUUACCAAUUUUGAAAAGUUGGCUUGCUUAAUAUUUUUGUGGAAACUGUGAUAAACUUAUUUCAGGAUUCUAUGAUGAAAGAAGGUUCAAAAGAACAACAUUUAUGUAAAAUAAAAAUAAAAAUACAAUAAACAAUUAUAAAUGUAUGUAUCGUCACUGUGACUAAUUUAAUGCAUCCCUACUGAACAAAAGUAUUCAUUUCUUUAAAACAUUCUUAUUGACACCAAACUUUUGAUGGGUAGUGUAAGCAUUUAAUGUUGCAUCUGUUAAUGAAACAAAUGAUACGCCAUUCAAAUGUUUGUGGUAUGAAUUAUAAUGUCACAGUUUCUCAAAAUAAUUUCUGGACAGAUGCAAAUCUUGCUGUAUAUGUCAUUAAUUCAGACUAAGGCUCUAGUCACUAUGACUCACUUUUUGGACUAAGCACUUUAUAAUGCCAAGUGUAUUAAGAAUCAGGCCACGAUCUGAGCUAUUUCUAGACCCAAUGACUCAGCAGAGAAUUUAACAGUAUGAAUCUGAGAAGAGUUGUGAUUGAAAAUAGUGUGGUCAAAAGCUCAAAUCAGGUGAGGCAGAGAAAGAAAAGCAGUUGUAUGCAUGCAGUCCCAAAUAGCAGACUGUCUUUGUGGAAUCUACAUUGGAGUUUGUAGGAUCAUUACAGUGUGAUAUUGCACAUGCCUUGAAUGCUAUCUUGCAACAUAAUGGCUCGACUCAGUGUGGGGAGAUGCAAUAAAACUGUGUGGGAUACUAAGGAAAUUAUGACAAAAUGUGAAAAAAAAACUUUAGCCAUAAUCCACCUACAGGUGAGCUCAUAUUUUGUUUGAUACAGACUGAUGUGUAUGCUCCUCAUGUACAUGCACUCAUGCGUGAAAGCAACAUGAUCGAACUUUCAAUUAUUCACACACACUCCCUCAACCUAUUUUCUACCUGAUGUUCUUCUUUGUUGCUUACUUCUCACUGCUCCCCUCAAUUCAUUCUUUCAAAGGUGCAGUUUCAGAAAACAGUCCAGAGGAAAAGCAGAGGAAGUGCAUCAGAUUGUACUGUGCUGUCAAUAAUACGAAUUUGUGUUUCAGAACCACAACCUCCUAUGAUGGGAUAGAGAAACCUGUGUUUCAGGAUGGACCAAUACUGCAUAUGAAUCUCUAUCAAACAAAAGAACUGACAAAAGUC